AUGCCCGAUCCUCUGAGUGUAACUGCCUCUAUAGCCGGCAUCAUCACUACGACCGUUCAAGGCGUUGCACUAUUAUGCAAUACGAUUGACAACAUCCGAAACGCCCCAGAGGCUAUGGAUAAAAUUAGACUAGAGCUUGCGCACCUCAAACCUUCGCUGAUAAAAUUGGAAUCUGCCGUCAAAGAAAACCGGCCUGGGCUCUUUCUCCGCGACGAGACUCAAGGUGCCUUGAUUAGCUGCCACGAAGCUUGCAUUGAGUUCAACGCGUCUCUUUUACACUGGAUGAGAAAUUCUAGCGAUGGGAAAAGAUCAUUCCUUGAUAAUUUCAAGAUCGGGGUCUUUCGACAAGCUCGCAUUGAGACGCUCAGGCAGCAGCUCAAUGGAGGGAUUAAAGUUCUCUCAUUAAUCCUCGAUACUGCCAACUUUCUUACCGUUUCUCGGCAGCCGUUGAUGACCAAAGAAUUGGGGGAUCAGAUGCUGCAAAGCUUUGAGACAAUCCUCACUCAGAAAUUUGCCGAAGCUCGAGAAGAAAGGAAGGCAAUUAUUAAGUAUGAAGGCAAGACUCUCCAGUCAGACGAGACUGAAGAAAAAGAGGCGUUUCUUCGUGACACUGCGCGGCAAAGGAACGUGAUCGAUGCAUUGGAACGGGCUUCACAAGAGGCACUGAAGAAGGUUGUAUUUGAACGGACUGGACAAAAAAUUCAUAAUGUGAAGGUCACCGCCAGUAGCGUCACCCUUACGGAUUUUGUCAAUGUUGAGAAAAAGGAAACGAUGAUCGAGCAAGACAUCUUGAACGUUGCUGCGAGCAAGUACAGCAUUGCUGUUGCUGGGGUUGUCAACAAUGUUGAUAUCGCCUCUCUCUACUCUCAGAUGCGCAAGGUUGAUGAAUAA